AUGAAUAAAGCUAACACACUCCACACUAGCACAAUCCUAAAAGUCACCGUGUUCUCCGAAGUGAGUGUUGGGAUCUCAGCUAAUAGCAUCCUCUUUCUUUUCCACCUCUGCAUGCUCUUUGGUGGGCACAGACCUAAGCCCAUUGAUCUCUCCAUUGACUUCUUAUCCCUAAUCCAACUAACGAUGCUCAUAACUAUGGGCCUUAUAGCUGUGGACAUGUUUAUACCUAAGCAGAGAUGGGAUUCCACCACAUGCCAAUCCCUCAUCUAUUUGCACAGGUUUUUGAGGGGCCUCUCCCUUUGUGCUACCUGCCUGCUGAAUGUCCUUUGGGCCAUCACACUCAGCCCUAAAAGCUCCUGUUUGGGAAAGUUCAAACAUAAAUCUCCCUAUCAUGUCUCAUGUGGCCUUUUCCUCUGUAUCCUCUAUAUGUCUCUUAGCUGUCACUUCUUAGUAUCAAUCACUGCCACCCUCAAUUUGACCUCGGAACACUUUAUGUAUGUUACUCAGUCUUGCUCACUUCUACCCAUGAGCUACUCACAACAAAGCACAGUUUCCACAGUGCUGGCCCUCAGGGAAGCCUUCCUGAUCAGUCUCAUGUCCCUCUCCAGUGGGUACAUGCUGACUCUCCUGUGCAGGCACAAGAAGCUGUCCCAGCAUCUUCACAGCACCAGCCUCUCUCCAAAAGCAUCUCCAGAGAUAAGGGCCUCCCGGACAAUCCUGCUGCUCAUGAGCUUCUUUGUGUUUUUCUACAUUUUGGACAUUGUCAUCUUCCACUCAAGAAUGAAGUUCAAGGAUGGCUCAAUAUUCUACUGUAUCCAGAUUCUUGUGUCCCAUAGCUAUGCCACAGUCAGUCCUUUUGUGCUGAUUAGUACUGAAAAGCAUAUAAUUAAGCUUUUGAGAUCAGUGUGUGGGAGGACAAUAAAUAUUUGA